AGAGAGUCCAAGGCUCUGAUCCUUUAAGUAAUUUUAGUUCAGAGGCUCAGUAAAACCUUUGUUUUGUGAGUGUUCACUGUUUCAGGCCUUUUGGCUGUAAGCAGAUUUCUGCUGUCAUCUUUCCACACUCUACCAAGUACUUCCUGUGUGACUUCAAGUGAGUCACAUUAUCAUUUAAAAUAUGAAGAUAACAGCAGCUCUGUGGCAGAGCUGUGGUGAACCUUAAAUGCAAUAUUCACAAAACAAACCAACAUAGAUCUAAACAAACAACUGUUUUCUGACAAUAUUUGUUUUGUUCAGAGUUAUAUUCAAGGAUUUCAGCAGUUUUUUAAGGUAGACUCCAUUUACUAAUAAAUUACUUUUGUGGGGGAUGACAGAGCUAGGUUUGGGUUCAAGCUUUAAUCUGAGUGCUGUCGUCUGAUAGUGGUGCACAGAUUCAGGAUCAAGCGUUUGAUCUUCGUUUUUGUUCUAAAAAGAUCCCAAAACUCUCUAAUGUAGUUGAUGAAGUUGCUUUCUAUAUUCCUGGAGUCUCCCAUCCUUAGGCAUGUGUGGGUGUAGAGCUGCUUCAGGCCUUCUAGCAGCAUGUGCAGUCAGACGACUGAGAUCCUGUGUUAGCAGCUGCAUGGCCUUGGAAAGGAUGUUUCUAGAAUCUAAUCAUGUCAGCGUGGAAGUGCUCAUGUUAGCAAACCAUGUGACAAAGGAAGAGAAGCAAGGAUGUUACCCUGUUUAUUUAUGCAAUUACAUACUUUGAAAUCAGAGGUUGUUUGGUUGGAGGGGGUUGUUUGUUUGUUUGUGGUUUGUUAUUUUGCCUUUUCCUCAUAUUCCCUCCCCUCUUCAAACAUUUAGAUUCUGACCUUUAGAUUCUGCAGUUAUUCCUUAACUAUCUGUUUUCAUGUAUGUUCUUGCUAGAAAAGGAUCUUUGCUGCUUGGUUUCAUUCAUAGAAAGGUGGUACUGGCAGAAGGAAAAGAGAGAGCCCUAUGUGAAAUUCAUGGAGGCCAAUUACCCACCUGGCUUCAGUUAUGAAGAUUUUGGGCCACUGUUUACAGCAGAAUUCUUUGAUCCCAACCAGUGGGCAGAUAUUCUGAAGGCUUCAGGUGCAAAAUACGUUGUCUUAACUUCAAAACAUCAUGAAGGCUUUACUUUGUGGGGGUCCAAAUAUUCUUGGAACUGGAAUGCUGUUGAUGUGGGACCGAAACGGGAUCUUGUUGCUGAACUAGCAGCAUCUGUUAGAAACAGGACUGACUUGCAUUUUGGGUUAUACCAUUCCCUGUUUGAAUGGUUUAAUCCUCUCUUCCUUGAGGAUGCCAGCAAUGUCUUCAAGACAAGAAAGUUUCCAACCAGUAAAUCAUUACCAGAACUCUAUGAAAUUGUGACCAAGUACCAGCCAGAAAUAAUUUGGUCUGAUGGGAAUGGAAAUGCUCCAGAUACUUACUGGAACAGCACUGGUUUCUUGGCUUGGCUGUAUAAUGACAGCCCAGUCCGGGACACAGUUGUAACCAAUGACCGCUGGGGAGUUGGCAGCAUCUGUACCCACGGCGGCUUCUACACCUGCAGUGACCGGUACAACCCCGGCCACCUCCUGCCUCACAAGUGGGAGAACUGUAUGACCAUUGACAGGAGGUCGUGGGGGUACCGCAGGGACGCGCAGCUCAGUGACUACCUCACCAUCGAGGACUUGGUGAAGCAACUCGUCGAAACAGUGUCCUGUGGGGGAAAUCUCUUGAUGAAUAUCGGGCCCACUCACGACGGUCGCAUCGCUGUUAUAUUCGAGGAGCGCCUGAGGCAGAUGGGUGCUUGGCUGGAGGUCAAUGGACAGGCCAUCUAUGGAACGAAACCAUGGAGAGCACAGAACGACUCGGUCACACCAGAAGUGUGGUACACUUUCAGCCCUAAAGAAGGGACAGUCAAUGCUGUCUUCCUUAACUGGCCAGUUUCUGGGAUUCUGGAACUUGGUGAGCCACAGGCUAAGCUUGGAGAAACACAGGUAAAGCUGGCUGGCUACAAGGAACUGCUGAAAUGGGUUGCACUGGGAGAAAAGGGACUGAUUAUAGCUCUACCUCAAUUAACUCCGAAGCAAUUGCCAUGCCAGUGGGGCUGGACUUUACAACUGACUGCCAUAAAAUGAGCCAUACUCUGCUGGAGCCCCAGCUAGCAGGGAAUGCGGAUGCUUUGCUGUUUCUCAUCACUGGUUUUGAACUUAAUUACCUGUAAAAACAAUAAAUUCACUUUUUUUUAAUAAAAGGUAGGCUGUUAUUAAGGAAUGGAACAAACUUCACAUGAAGUCUACCAUGAGAUAGUUGAUCCUCUGCAUAUAUUUUUGUUUCUCUGAAGUAGUGUGAAAAACUGAGCAGCUACCUUGACCUCUCUACUUGUUUUAGUCAGGUACUGGCCAAGCUCAAGCACACCCUCUUUAAUGCAAAAACUCCAACUUCCACAAAACUGCACAGUAAAAGGUGAGUUUUGGAGAAAAGGAUAAACUGUUUCCAGCUGUGUACAGCAACUGGUAGCCAGUAGUUUCAGCAUAGUAGGGUAACAUUGGGAAGAACAGGUCCAUAAGGGUUCAGAAUUCAUCACACAUGCAUGGAGGUAAUGCAUAUGUACAUCAUCAUUUCUCAUCAUGGAAGUCACUCAUUUCACAUGUUCCUACACUUGAGUGGAUAAUUCUAUCCAUUACUUGGACAUAGGUAAACUGGGAAGGUUUUUUUUCCGUUUUGUAUAAUUUUACAUGGGUAAAGCUUGACUUUUGUUUACAGCCGUUGUUUUUACACAGUUACCAGGGUGCCUUAUGUGGACUGUAAAACAAAACAUAUACUUCAACAAUUUAACUGUUGAAAAAAAGAGAAAUAAUCAGGAGUUGCUAGGGAUCUUCAACUUUGGAAAUGUUUCAAUUUGGAUGCAGUCUACCCUCUGCUUAAAAUGUUGUCUUUCUGCCAAACUCACCAUGUGUCAAUUUCUAGGGAUAGACACACAAUGUGAAGUUUGCAAAGAGGAGGAGAUAAAGGACAACAAAAGGCAUUAAUUGUUUCUGCUUCAGUGUAGAGAUUGAAGGUUUAUUUUUCCUGAGUAAUGUCGCUGAGUGCAAAAUUAUUACUGUGUAAGUUAAAUUUAUUCUUUCAGCGAUGUCAGAAUUUUGAGUGGUGUGCCAAAUUUGGUUAUUCCCUUUCUUGCUAGUAAUGUUAAUACACGCACAAGUUUUACAUUAAAAUAUUUUAUUACAAUACAGACAAUUGGGCUCAAAAUUAAUACAAAUUAAGAUAAAAUAUUUACAAGGUAAUGUGUACAGUGUAGCUGUUUGAACAGCAUAAACAAGAGAACAUCUGAAAACCCACAUUCCUUUAGCAUUAAGUAACAGAGAGCAUGCCCCCAGCUCAUUCAAGAGGAGCGUGCAUCUGUUGGCAAGGCCUUCUGAAGAACAAGAGGCUUUGGAAUAAUGUUUGUAAAGUUAAGUGAAAAAGAUUUUCUUCAUAAAAAGAAAAAUUUGAGGGGAGAAGAAGCAAAAAGCAUUACUUCAUUCUGCUACUCUGUGCUAUUCUUAGAUCACUAUCAUUAGUUCUUUCCAAAACUUACACACUCCAGGGCAAACAAAUGUUUUUUUUAGUAACCUGCUGUAAUACUGCCACCAGCUGCCUUUUAGAUGCAAUAAAAAUAAUCAAAUUAAAUACGGAGGAAUUUAACCACUUUUUUUAAUAGAAAAGUCUUUACAUACAAUGAUUCUUUCAACAAGAAUAUUUUUAAUGGGCGCUUGAAACAUAAUUCUAUUAGAACAAAUGUGGGCUUACUCCCACUUUCCUCGGAGUGUUCUUUCUGCUGGUCUGCCACUCCUACACCAUUAUAAAAUUAACCCAAGUCUCAUCAGUAGUUGCAAGGGAUUUGUUAUAAAUACACCGUCUAUUCCUAAAAGUGUGCGAGUCAUUUCUCCAGUUGCUGAGGGGUACUAAAAGCUUCAUAAACAUUAGCAGCAAAAUCUUUCACUUGUUCCAUCAUCAACAGGUCCUG